UUAUUAAAGCAACCACAAAAUCUCAUUACUCAUAUGGCUCAGUUCCUGUUGCCGCCCGAGGGUACAGUGCUUGGCAAUGAAUUGAUAUUACUCCAUGCAAGCGUCAAAUUUAAGGGCCUUGUGGAUCGGUUCAGCGGCAAUUGUUACAUGGCGCUUUUGAUCUAUAAUAUGCAAGUAUCUUGGCCAUCUAGCAGAGCCAGAAAAAAGAGUUUGCCGCGCGGCGUGCUUAAAUUGUGUUUGAGGUAUGAGAUUGGAAUCUCGUCGUUAUCAAGCUCUGGAGAUCCGGAGCAUCUGCCCGAGCUGCCGCCGGGGGACGAACAGCGCUUGCAACGCGCUGCCCUCCAUCUGCAGCAGAAGUUGAUCUUGCGCGAAUGGCUACGGGAAUAUCGUAUGCAACAUCAUUACCAGCGUCUGCUGGCUGUUGAGGUGGCCUCGUUAGAGGACGUGUACUGGCUCGAGGAUUCGCGUGCCAGCAAGAUACUCGGAAAGGAUUGGCAACUGUGGUCGACUGCGCGUCAAGGGCUGCCCACAUCGAAGGCACAGCUGGACGCUUUGAAGGCCCAGCUGUGGUCAACGGUGGUCAAGUCAAGUCAACAUCAGGACGCCUGGACAUGGGGAGGCAUGCUCGUGGUCUCUGUUUCCGUUGCCGGUCUGGUCACACUCGCCGCGAUGACACAGCCUUCUCUGGCGCCCGAGGCGCGCCACUCGCUGCUGCAGUAUGUAACCGGAAAGUAUCUCCUGCCCGCCAACUGCAGGGUUCAGUGGGACUGGAAGGAUCCGGCCCACGUCGGCGGCACCAUGUGCUUCGUUGUGCGCUUCUUUCAGCGCAACGGCCAGCCGUAUCCCAUCUGUGAUACCGACCAAUUCUUCGUAGAGGUCACCGAAGGCACACGCAAGGUGGUGACAAUCAGUGAGCUCGGCUCAUCUACAGAUCCCAAUAAUGCCAACAUUGCCAAAGUCAAGUUUACGGUUCGCACUGCGGGCCAGUACAACAUUUCCGUACUAAUCGGCGCCAGUCAUAUAGCCGGUUCGCCUUUCGUGCGCAACUUCCUGCCCGGGGCCAUCGAUCCACGCAGAUCACGAUUCAUACGCCCGGCUAGUACGCUCAUCUGCUGCGCCAGUUCUCCGACUCUAAUGCACAUUGAGCCGAGGGACGAAUUUGGCAACGCGUGUAUUUUCGAGCAGUCCGAUGAGGCGUUGCAGGGUUACCGUGUCGCUAUUUACGAUCUACACGGCGUGUCCGUCGAAAAGCUGCAGAACGCCAUUGUUUUCAGCUACGACAGUGUCAAUUCGCGAGUCUCAGUGACUGCUCUCUUUCCAGAACCGACUUGCUUGAAAGCUAGCAUCAGCUAUCGAGAUCAGCAACUUCCCAAUGGGGACUUUGACAUAAUCGUGCUCAGCAGUAGCGACACAACACUCGUUCACAAAAAUAUUGCGUCGCGAAAGCACAAUAUUUGCUACGAGGCGAAGCUGCUGAGUAUUUAUGGAACCACGAAGAGUAAACCGCGAAAGGUGAUGUGCUAUGUGGGGCCGAAACAGAACUCGUUGAUCUUUCAGGUGACGAUCAAGGAAAUGAUUUUGAAGUUCAUACCGAAACGUAUUGCCACCUUUCGGCUGUGUCCGUCGACCAAGUUCCAUUUUCUGCCCCAUCUUGUAACGCAGCUGCAUGGGCCAGUUUUCAUUAUAGACGAUGGAGCCCAGCCUCGUAUUGAACUUGCCUCGAAGGACCGCAACAUCAUAGCUGCAACCUUUACACAUUUCCUGCUGAAGAACAUUGGUGGCUCAGAGACGUUCAAGGACAAACAGGACUUCUUCUACCACGAAGUGCGCAAAUUCCAUGCCAGCUACUACCACGAGAAGAUGGCGCUCAAAGUAAAUCGCGAAAAGAUCCUCGAAAGCAGUAUGAAGGCCACCAAAGGGUUUAGCGUUUCAGAUUGGUGCGGCAACUUCGAAGUCACCUUCCAGGGAGAGCAGGGUAUCGACUGGGGUGGCCUGCGGCGCGAAUGGUUCGAAUUGGUUUGCAGCGCUCUCUUCGAUUCAAGAAGUGGGCUCUUUUGUACGUUUCACGAUAAGCACCAGGCUCUGGUGCAUCCGAAUCCGACGCGGCCUUCGCAUCUGAAACUAAAGUAUUUUGAGUUUGCCGGCAAAAUUGUGGGCAAAUGUCUGUUCGAGAGCUCUUUAGGCGGCAGCUAUAGACAAUUGGUGCGUGCACGGUUCAGCCGAUCCUUUUUAGCCCAGCUAAUAGGGCUAAGAGUGCAUUAUAAGUACUUCGAGCAGGAUGACCCAGAUUUAUAUUUGUCGAAAAUUAAGUACAUUCUCGAUACGGACUUGGAUGGCACUGACGCACUGGAGUUGUAUUUCGUAGAGGAUGUGUAUGACACCAGCGGCCAACUAAUCAAGUCCAUAGAACUUAUUCCAAAUGGUGCCAGGACUCGUGUAACCAAUGCGACCAAAAAUCAAUAUUUAGAUGCUUUGGCACAGCAGCGACUUUGCAAUAGCGUGAAAGAUGAAGUCGACAGCUUUCUUAAGGGUCUCAAUGCAAUCAUACCAGACAAUUUGCUAAGCAUAUUUGACGAAAACGAAUUGGAGCUACUGAUGUGCGGCACUGGCGAGUACUCGAUAACCGAUUUUAAGUCGCAUCACAUUGCCAAUGGGAACUCGGCAGAGUUUCGACGCGUACUCGCCUGGUUCUGGGCGGCUGUUAGCAAUUUUAGCCAAACAGAAAUGGCCCGUCUCCUGCAGUUCACCACAGGCUGUUCUCAGCUGCCGCCUGGCGGGUUUCAGGAGCUAAAUCCACAAUUCCAAAUAACCGCAGCUCCCACAUUUGGUAAUCUACCCACGGCACACACCUGUUUCAAUCAACUUUGCCUGCCGGACUACGAGAGCUAUGAGCAGUUCGAGAAAUCUCUGCUCCUGGCCAUCAGCGAGGGCAGCGAGGGCUUCGGCAUGGUCUGAGUCAUGGUCAAUGGAAUAUACUUUCUUUAUUUUAUGUUGAUAAGAAAUUACGAAUAAUAUAGUUCCUGUGCUUUGUGUCAUA